UUCAGCACUCAGGUGACUUGCUUACAGUAUCAUGUACAGACAAAAUUGUUCUGGCAUGGACUAAGUUUUAUAAUUGCUAGAGAGUGGAUCAAAAGUGUCCUGUUUUUAUAACAGUUGUCUCUUUUGUCAAAGUCCUCCAGUAAAAGGCUCCUUGUACAGAGAAUGAGGGGUCAAAUGAGUCAUGGUCGAACAGUUCCUUAGCGCCCACCCUUCAGGGGAACAGCAGCAGACUAAUCUAACGUCCCUCUAUUCAGUGAUAAACCCAUAGGGUAUGGGAAAACUUGGCUUGUUUUCAUUGUCCUUUAGAUCAUGUCCAGCUGUGAUGCCUUGCCUCUCCCCCUUGAAAAUUUUGUCAAACAAGUCCCGACCUGUAAUUUCCUUUUGUUCUUAGUUACAUGACUCCCCCGACCAAACACUGCCGCUCAUGCCGUGCAACCGGGGCUAUUUCUUAGAUCUUUGUGGGAGCAACAUGACAUUAAGUAAACACGUUUGGUGGCAUUCCUAAUUAGCAGUCACAGCAGAAAUCAUCUGUCCCAGACGUUCAGAAUACAGCUGGAUACAACGCCCUGAUGGGUGUUGUUUUUCCAACCGACAGCAUUAUUAAUUGCAUUGUCAUCAUCGCCCAAUUCUUGCCAACAGGAGGACACUUUGCUGAAAGGGUAUGGGAGUGUGAUGACGGUGAGAGUCCUGUCAAUGCUGUCUGUCUAUCUAUCUAUCUAUCUAUCUAUCUAUCUAUCUAUCUAUCUAUCUAUCUAUCUAUCUAUCUAUCUAUCUAUCUAUCUAUCCAUCUAUCCAUCCAUCCAUCCAUCUAUCUAUCUAUCUAUCUAUCUAUCUAUCUAUCUAUCUAUCUAUCUAUCUAUCUAUCUAUCUAUUUAUCUAUCUAUCUAUCUAUCUAUCUAUCUAUCUAUCUAUCCUCUCUUUCUCCGAGACAAAUAGAGGAAUAUCACAAGCCAGACAAACUGUAAACCAAAAGAAAACGUCUGCUUUCUUCUCCUCAUCUAUUGUUUCUCCUGGGAAAGAGAAGGUAUCGACAGGUACAAUAUUUGUACAAUAGUUGGAGCAGGUACAACUCCAGGCUCACUUGUCUGAAUUAAUAAUCCCCACAUCCUGUUUUUUUAGCAAAGCACAAGUGUUUGCCCAAGGCAGGAAUACUUGCAAAUUCACAUAGGUGAUUCUUUGAAGUCAAGGUAGGCACAAAGACACAGAUGAGAGAAGGAAAUUAAAUAUUCUCCCAACAGUCAAACACCUAUAAUGAAAUAUUGCAUGUCAAAGGAGGUCAGCUGUUACCGUCCAUGCAGACAGUAAGAACUGUAGUUCCAGGUGCAGUUGCAGCAUGCAAUUCAGUUCUUUCUCUCUCGUGAAAACGUUCACUCUAUAGUCUGUGUACCUGUUACUGGGAACCUGUUGCUCCUAAGAGUCACCUUCGUUACCACCACAGAUUUAAUUGUCAUACAGGCCUGUUGAGAUUGUGCUGCACUCAGGGCUUCAGAGCGUGUGCAGUGGAGGCCCAGACACUGACAAAGAUCUCCAAUAAGAUGUGAUAUAUCCAUUAUACACGUCUACGUUUCUAAAGGAGUUUAGCUUUAUACUGGGCUUUGCAAUAUUUUAUAGGGGAGACUUUGCUUAGGGGGUUGAGAAGCCGACUAAUCAUUAGUUUCGGUUUGUGCAACACCUAUUGAAAUUGAACAUUAUAUAUAAGCUUUAUGAUAAGAAGAAGAAAAAGAAGAAGAGAAAGAAGACGAAGAAGAACUAAAAAAGUUUCCUCUUACAACAUUAAAUUGCAAAUGAAAAAUAUUGAUAUCUUAAGCUAUAAAUUCCACAUGUAUGCCACUCUGGUAAAACAAGAAGCAUAUGAAGGUCAAUCCUACUAGCAAUUUAAACAUUUAAUUGUUAUUUGACUUGAAAAGUUACAAUUUAGUAGACAAAUCCAACAAGUAAUACUUCAGGACCCAUUAUCAUGCUCAAAGCAAGAAGAGUCUCGGUUGGACUCCCGGAUUGGCUUUUGUAUUUGGAGGUAUCUAGUUUGGUUCUCCUGGUUACACCGGCUUCUUCCCACAGUCCAAACACAUGUGGAUUGGGGUUUAGGUAAUUUGAGACUCUUACUUAACCUUGUUAAAACAUAGUGUGUGAUUGGUUGACACCUGUCAAAGGUGUAUGCUAUAGAUAAUGGAUGGAUGCACACAUGCAUAUUGUGUAACUGACAAAUAGGGAAUCAUCUUCCUUCUGCUGAUGUUUGAGGUAAAGAGCAAAGGGUCCAAAAUGGAACCUGUUCUCUGCCAUUAGUUUGGUUACAGAUUUCCUUCUUAUUAAACCGACUUGUGACAUGGAUAAAUAAAUCACGUUGGCAGUCGAAAGCGAAAAUUUGGCAUUUGUCGGAACUCUUUCUGAAGUUGGGGACUGACCUAGCUAGCUUGCUUAUUUACAUGUUGGUAGCUAUGAGUGCUUUUCUGCUUGAGAAGCAUCAAAACGUUACCUCAAGUGUUUCAUUUGUUUGCAGCUCGACAGCUGAUUCAUUACAAGUUUUUCUCCAUUGCUUUGGCUCAUUUCACGAAAUAGAAAUGACAUUCUCAAAACAACACGUGCAAACCUCUAAACCACUGGGCACUUGUUCACCACAGAUUGGAAUAUCUCAUUCCUUUAAUCAAAUUGCAUUUGUAUUAGCACAUCCUUCCACAUGACAAGUACAAUUGCCUAAGGCUUGCCCAAAUUUCAAAUGAUUAGCACACCUUUGCAAACGGUUAGGUACAAUUGCCUUCAGUUAGUCCAAUUACCAAUUGAAUAUGUCUUGCUGGUCUAAACUCACUGUUGCUUCUCACGCAAGUGGUUGUACUCUGCAAAACAUGUUGAAAUCAUUUCCUUGUGUACAUCAUGACCUGCACAAUAGUUCACUCCCCUGUCAAAAUCUUUCAGGCACAUAAUACCAUGAAAAACAUCAUGGUAUAUACUGUAAUAUGGAGCUCUUGGCUCACCGGCUUAAUUUUCAGGUGUAACUUUCAGGUUCAGUUUUAUUCUGCAUGGAGGUGGAAAGUCUAUGAGAAUCGGACUCAAAACCAGAGGUCCCUUCUCCAGGCAAUGGAUUCUGCUUGUGGUGAUGUCACAGCAGAGCAGUGACAGGGAUGGUUGCGGCAUGCACGCUGAUUCUUCCCCCGCUGCAUAGCAAGGAAGAACAUCAGAUGUGAUGUUGAUGAAAAUCUGUGGCCAGACGUUGUUAGUGUAGGCUAUAACUAAUUUUAGUUUUGAUGUGCUUAUUGUUUGACAGUAUAUUGUUCUGUACACAUUUUCUGUUACUGUAACCACGAUGUAUGGCAAUUACUGUAACAAUUUCAAUGGCAGGAUGAGUGCAAUGAAGUAUUUAAUGUGAAACUUGAAUUAAUCUUUUUUCUGUCUGAUACACAUAGUAUUCUGGAAAGAAAACAUCUACUGUAACCAUUCAGUGUCAAAGGACUGAGCCAAGAUUGCAAUGUGCACAUGAGGGAUAUCUCUAUGGUCCACUGCCAUACUGACAAAACAUCUAAACAUUUUGACCUGUAGUGUUUAAACAAUGCCAAAGGGACUUUUCAUUUUGGGGGCACUGACUAUUUGUAUGAGAAAAGGAUUUAGUUUUGACUAAAGAGUUGGCUGUUUUGGGUGAGAUAUGACCUUUUGAAGAUGAUCUAUUUAGUUGUGCUGAACCAUAUAGGCUAUUUUGCCAAUCGCACUUAGAGCUCUGAGAAUGUCAUUUGUGUUUCGUGAAAUGAGCCAAAGCAAUGGAGAAAAACUUGUAACGAACACCGGUUCAGUACAUUGUUAUAGCAUUAUCCACAGAUAAACUGCUAAGUGACAAUUAUACUACAUUUUAACAUUAGCCUGUGACUUCCAUAUGUUGCUGAACACUGUUAAGAAUUGUAUGGUGUUAUUCGCUAAAUGACAUGUCAGUCAAGUGUCAUUAAACAACUGAUUCAAAUGUUGUUUUUAUUUUUGUUUGUGUUUGUGAGAAUGCAUCACUUCAUCUGCUAUAUCUGCAGACAUUGUAUUUAAGUAAACAUUGGAGCAGCAUGAAAAUAUUUAACAAAACCUUUGGUCCAGACACAAACUCUCAAUUAUUCUCUGAAACCAGUUAUUGAGCAAGUGGCAACGCUGCACAACGUGUGUUUUACUUGACUUCAGUACACAGUCUAUGUGGACGUCACAUUAAUUACAGUACAUGUAACCUCUUAUUAAAGCCCCACUCAAAUACACACACUCACACACGGAUCCUGUCACUGUGUUUCCCUGAACAUUCCCUCCACAGCUUGUGUUGCUCUCUGUUUGAAAGCUGCACAGUAAUCCUGGAUCAGAGAGUACAAAGGGCCCCAGAGUGCUGGUGAUGUAAGCACUGUGUCCAGUGCUUACUCCACCGCUCUCCCCUCUCCCGAAUGGUGCCCAGGGAGUGAGAUGGGACAGGGAGGACCAUCCUGAUCGCGGCUGACAACGAAGACUAUAGGUUGAUAUAGCAGUGGUGCUGGCAGGCUAAUGGCAGCCUGCUUGCUCUGUCUCAGAGGCUUACUGCUGAUGACCUGCGACACAGUGGGAAACAGUGUUGACCAGCUUCUUGUAGAGGAAUGUGGCUAAGCUGUGGUGACUGGUGGAUCGGCUCAGUGUGACCAGACAAAUCGACUAAGGGACUUUUGCUACCAGUUACUACAUUUACUGCCCUGUAUUUGUUGAAGGUCACUCAGCUGUCGGUGAGUAUCGCUGGGUAAACAUUUACAAAGUAAACGCCUCUGGCGUGUGUGUGUGAUCUCUGACUGGGAGGCAGUUUGUUUGCUGUGAAAGCUUUAACUUUGUAUUACUGUGUGUGCAUUCUGCAGCAAAUCAUCUGAAUGUUUUGACCAUCAUAGGCACAAGUAGUCAUUGGACUGUGUGGAAAUAUCAGCGGCUCGUUGUGUGUACCUAGAUAGCUUUGAGUGUGAAGUCUCUCAGGUCUCCAUGGACUUGCUGCAGGACUCCAGUCAGACCAUGUGGGGUCUGAACACACGUUUGAAGGGCUUCCUGGAGCAGGUGAACAAGCUGCAGGAGGCCAACCAGCAGCUGGAGGAUCAGAUAGCCAACUGGGGGACCAGGAAUGUGUCACGCUCCCAGGACUGGUCCCAACAGGAACAUGCAUUGAGGGAGCUCCGUGGCCAGGUUGGUAAACUACUGAUGGAGAAUGCCCAGCUGGCAUUACAGUCUGACACCAUGAAGUCCAGAGCUUCUGCCAUUCAGUCCAGGUGUGAGACAGAGGAGCGGAACACCCAACGUCUUGAGCAACAGGUGGUUCUGCUCAGGGAGACAAAGAGGAAGGCAGACCAGAGCAGCAUGAUGCUGCAAGCAGAUGUCCACCGCUCCAUGACAGAGCUGCAGGAGACGCACCGGGAGUUUGAGGCAGCCCAGGCUCUGCAGCUGCAGCGGGCCGGCUCCUGCGAUGCCCUGUUAGCAUCAUCUACGGCAAAAGGAGGGGAGGAGAAGCAUGGCACAGGGAUGGAGCUCACCCAGCUCCUCGACAGAAUCAGAGCGCAGUGCGACCAUAACAGAUUUCGCGGCCCAGACGAGAGACACCACAGCCUUGGGACCGUGGCAAAUCCAUCACCAGGCUUGGUCGGGCCCAGCCACUCUGGUGCUGAAGCAGCAGCAGCAGCAGCAACCAGAAGAGCUCUUACUGAGGAGGAAGCAGCGUGGGCUCAGGUGAGCCUCGGCGGCGCCGCCCUGAGGGAGGCGCGGGCGGAGCUCGCAGAGGCCAGGAAGCAGUGGCACUCCCUGCAGGUGGAGAUUGAGACCAUGCAUGCUUUGGAGAAAGGCCUGGAGAGCUCCUUGCAUAACACCCAGCAGAUGUACUCCAGCCAGCUGCAGGACCUCUCCCAGGUUAUUGUCGGGCUGGAGAGCGAGCUGGAGCAGGUGAGGGACGGGCUCUCCACUCAGCGUCAGCGCCACAGCCAGCUCCUCAACACCAAGAUGAGGCUGGAGCGAGAAAUUGCCACUUACCGACGCCUCCUGGAGCGUGAAGAGGGCAGGUACAUGGGUCGGGACGGGCCAUUGACUGGUCUGCGACCCUGGAGGUCCUCUGUGGUGGAGCCGAAGGAGAAUGGGCUGGAGAACAGUUUUAGUGACCCUGCUGUUACUCCGGAUGAACCCAAGUCUGAGCCUCUGCCUGAAAUACCAUCACUCCUCCCUGCAGAGAAUGGGAAGAAGAGAAGCAUACUGCGCAGACAGCAAAGCCUUGUGAUACUCACAGAGCCGGAGCAAGAUAACGAUUUGCCCAUCUCCACUGUGAAGACUCAGGAGUUUCUUCAAGGCAAUGUUGUUCACGAGAGUGCUGAGGGUCAUGGCACCAUCGAGACGGAGAAUUUUGACAAGGUGAUCAAGCAGUGGGAGGGCUCCUUCUUCAGAGGGAAUCCCAAGCUGCGCAAGAAGUCGGUGUCCCUGCGCUUCGACCUGCACAUGGCUGCAGCAGACGAGGGGUGUGCCCAGACUAAACAGGACAGCCUCCCUGACGUGGAGGUGCGUCUCGUCAUGAAGAGAUCUCGCAGCAUCCCGGCAAUCACACAGUGACUCUGCCACCAGUUGGUCAGAUCGAAAACAACGGUUUGCAGCCGUUUGUUGUGAUACAGGUGAUGCUGGAGGUGCAGCGAUAGCAUUUGUCAUUGACAUCUCGGAUAUUAACAUUACAAUCAUGCUUAAUAUGUAUUUCAAAUUAUAUAUAUUCACUUUACAUCAGAACUGAUGACUGAAACAGAUUUCAAAACCUUCAUCCAUCUGGCUUUUGUGCUGAUCCAAUAGGGCCAUUUUUUACAGUUUCAGAAAGCCACAACAAAUUGUAUCACACAUACUUUCAUUACAUUACAGAGGAUAACAAUUAAAUAUGCAAAAAUGUCUCUGUCACCUAACUCAAAUGAAGAACACGUGUCUCUCAACCCUGUCACUGUUUCAACUACUUCAUUUGAUCCUAAUUCACUCUCCGUACAGGAGGCCGGGUGCACUGAAAGACAUGGAGUCAGAGAUCUCUAAAGGUGGACUUUUUUAAACAGGUUUUCUGUCAGGGACUGUGUGGAAAUUAUUAGGUGGGAGGGUCUUGAUUAAUUAGCGUUAUCUUAUGAGAGAGAGCACAUUUGUCACUACCACACAAUCACAGCUCCCACUUCCACUUUAUUGUAUAUCUUAGCAACUACAGUAAUGUAACAAUAAAAUAAUGUAAAUAUGACAUAUACAGUGACAUUGACAGUUCUUGGUUCAAAAAUAUAGAUAUUUAAUGAAAUAAAAUAAUAGUAAAAUUCUGAAAAUUUGAUAAAUAAUUUUGCCACUAUAGAAAAGCAAUUUUUCAUUAUAAAGUCACUUCAGUAUGAACUAACACUAAAUCUAUUUUUGCGAGUUGGUAUUACAUGUACAGUCACUUUAUUACACUGUUGAUCCUGAUCCCAUUUUAUAAUGCUCAUUUCAUCAUUACAAAUUGUUUUUUUUUAUGUCUUACACAACCCUGAAAUAUACAAACAGCGGUGCACUGUCAGCAGGGUGCACAGUGUGAGCCAUUGCAAGCAUGCAGCUGAGAUCUGCAGUAGUAGGACGUUACAGUAGUCGCAAUACUACCUCCUCUACUCAACUAGCAGUUUUAACUGGAGUGCAUAAAUGUAAAUUAUUUGGGCACGGUUUGUUGUUGAUGGCAAAAUAAAUUGUGUUUAUUCAAUAGUGUAACAUUACAAAAAGAAAUUGGGCGGUGGGAAUGAACAUAUGAGAAGAGAGGUCCAUGCUUUUCAAACAAGAAGAAAUACAGUGUUCACCCCCCCCCCCCCCCCCCCCGUUAAAUAACUGUCAUGCAAUCCCUAAAUGCUUGCACUGCAGACACUUACAGCACUUAGAAGAACAUCAGCACUGAGAGAUAUCCACAAUGUGUUCAUUUUGAGGGGUCUUUGUCAUUGCAGUCCAAUCUGUAUGUGAAGAAAAAUAAUAUCAAACAAAAGAUGUUGCCACAUUCUUGACGCAUUAUGCUGUGAUCCGAACAGCAGUCACACUGUCAACGCUCAGCGAGUGUCUCAGAGGUUCCCUGUCUUAACCAGAGGAGGGCAGUAUUUGUAAAUAGUUAACUCUGCAGUGUAUAUUCAAAGCUUGUGUAACAUAUGCUAUCUGUUACACCUUAGAUCUAGAAUUUUUAUUCUAAGUAUCAUGUUUGGCACCAAAGAUAUUGAAAAACAAGAACUGGACCAUUGUGCGUUGCAUUUGGGUGCCUCGGAAUAUGUUGAGAAUAUUUAAAGAUAUUAUCUAUGCAGUUCUGUGCUUAAGUUUGCUUUGCUUCAUGAAGCACACUCUUCAUUUUGAGAGCUCUGUAACUUCAAAAUGAAGCAUCAUGCCUUUAUCUUACGAUAUAUUAUUUAAAAAUAAAAACAGAAAUACGUGCAGAC